AUGGGGAAAGGCGGAGCAGGCGCAGGGGGAGCCGGGAUGGGCGGCGGCGGGGGAAGCGGCGGGAGAGGCGGCGGGGGAGGCGGAGCGGCGGGAAGCGCGGUGCGCGUGUGCGUGUUCGACUCGCGGCGGGGGAAGCGGGAGGGGGAAGAGGCGGAGAAGCUUCUGUUCUUCUUUCCGCCCGCCACUCCGCCGUCCGAGCAAGUGGCGCUGCUGGGCCUCUGGGAGGGGCUACUCGCCUUCACCAGGAUCUUCUCCCCCCAUCGCCCCUGUGAGGUGAUGCGAGCGCAUUUCAACCGCCACGUGCUGCUGGAGUGUGAGCCGGGGAUCUUCAUGGUGCUGGUGAUGGAGUGUCGGGGGGUGAACGGCGUCGUGCCGCCCGACGCUACAGUGCGCGACGAAGCUCUUCGGCAGAAUCUGGUGGAGGCGCAUGCCCUCUUUUGUCUCUUCUUCGGCAGCAUCGACCGCUUGUUGCAGCAACAACCCCUACCUCCUCCUACUCUCCCAUCAGAAGCAACAACUGGGCCCUCUUCAAAUCCUUCAUCAAAUCUUGAGUCCAGCACACCUUCACAUGAUUCUCCGUCAGCCGUUCCCCCUUCAGCUGAUUUAGCCCGUGCCUGCCUGAAAGCCUUCCUGCCAGACUUUCUCACAGGCGGGUCCCCAGAGCCCUCCGCUCUCGCAUUCCCCUUCGCCCUGUCCGGCCCAACACCUCCUCGAGUCCGCCUGCCUGCUCUCCUCGACUCCCUCUCUAACCGCCUCUCCUGCCGCCAACUGAAUCUGCCACGCUCCCUCACGCUCCCUGCUCUGGUGAGUCGCUCCUUCGUCCCUGCAUGCAUGCCCCUUUGCUCAUCCCUCGCCGCUUCUCUCCUCCACUCCCUCUCCAGCCGCCUCUCCUGCUGCCACCUCAACCUCCCCCGCUCCCUCACACUCCCCUCUCUGGUGAGCCUUCUUCUGCUUCUGCAUACACCCCCUCCUCCUCCCCUCCCCACUUUCCACCCUCCACCCCGCCCCACUCACCUUUCUCCCGAGUCUGCCUCCUCUCCUUCUCUCCCUCCCUCACCCUCCCCUCCAUCGCUCUCUCGCCCACUCCCUUCUAUCGCUCCUAAUCUCUUUCCCCAUCUCCCCCCUCUACCCCCCUCCCACCUGUCAUCACCUGCGGCACCUUGGUCUAUCCUCUCGCUUACACCCUCUCUCUCCCUGCUCCCGCUCUGCUUCUCUUCACCCCGCCUCGCCCCUCUCCUCUCUCCGCCCUGCCUCCUCCCACCAAUCACUCACUCACCCAUCGCCUGGAAGACGCCAUUCAAGGCAAGCCUCUGCUACCCCGUUAUCCGUCCUUUCCUACCCCUCUCUCUGCUCAUGCUCUGCUUCUCCAUCCCCCUUCCCUUUCUUCCCUUCUCUUUCCCUCCCAUCACCAGUCACUCGCCCAUCGCCUGGCAGACGCCUUCCAAGGCGGAGCACUGCUGCUCUGCCAAGACCUCUUUUCUCAAUCACCCCCAGCGCUGCUCCUCCCUUCUCUCGCCCAUCCCUCCCCCGCCUCCCCCUCCCACCAGUCACUCACCCAUCGCCUGGCAGACGCCUAAGGCAAGCCUCUGCUACCCCUCACUCGCCCAUCGCCUAGCAGACGCCUUUCAAGGAGGGGCGCUGCUGCUCUGCCACAACCUGCUGCUCGCCUCCACCCUCCCCGCCCCAAGCCACAAGCCUUGUUCUGCUGCUCUGCCACAACCUGCUGCUCUGCCACAACCUGCUGCUCUGCCACAACCUGCUGCUCUGCCACAACCUGCUGCUCUGCCACAACCCUCUGCUCUGCCACAACCUGCUGCUCUGCCACAACCUGCUGCUCUGCCACAACCUGCUGCUCUGCCACAACCUGCUGCUCUGCCACAACCCUCUGCUCUGCCACAACCUGCUGCUCUGCCACAACCCUCUGCUCUGCCACAACCUGCUGCUCUGCCACAACCUGCUGCUCUGCCACAACCUGCUGCUCUGCCACAACCCUCUGCUCUGCCACAACCUGCUGCUCUGCCACAACCUGCUGCUCUGCCACAACCUGCUGCUCUGCCACAACCUGCUGCUCUGCCACAACCCUCUGCUCUGCCACAACCUGCUGCUCUGCCACAACCCUCUGCUCUGCCACAACCUGCUGCUCUGCCACAACCCUCUGCUCUGCCACAACCUGCUGCUCUGCCACAACCCUCUGCUCUGCCACAACCUGCUGCUCUGCCACAACCUGCUGCUCUGCCACAACCUGCUGCUCUGCCACAACCCUCUGCUCUGCCACAACCUGCUGCUCUGCCACAACCUGCUGCUCUGCCACAACCUGCUGCUCUGCCACAACCUGCUGCUCUGCCACAACCCUCUGCUCUGCCACAACCUGCUGCUCUGCCACAACCCUCUGCUCUGCCACAACCUGCUGCUCUGCCACAACCCUCUGCUCUGCCACAACCUGCUGCUCUGCCACAACCUGCUGCUCUGCCACAACCCUCUGCUCUGCCACAACCUGCUGCUCUGCCACAACCUGCUGCUCUGCCACAACCUGCUGCUCUGCCACAACCCUCUGCUCUGCCACAACCUGCUGCUCUGCCACAACCCUCUGCUCUGCCACAACCUGCUGCUCUGCCACAACCUGCUGCUCUGCCACAACCUGCUGCUCUGCCACAACCUGCUGCUCUGCCACAACCUGCUGCUCUGCCACAACCCUCUGCUCUGCCACAACCUGCUGCUCUGCCACAACCUGCUGCUCUGCCACAACCUGCUGCUCUGCCACAACCUGCUGCUCUGCCACAACCUGCUGCUCUGCCACAACCUGCUGCUCUGCCACAACCUGCUGCUCUGCCACAACCUGCUGCUCUGCCACAACCCUCUGCUCUGCCACAACCUGCUGCUCUGCCACAACCCUCUGCUCUGCCACAACCUGCUGCUCUGCCACAACCCUCUGCUCUGCCACAACCUGCUGCUCUGCCACAACCCUCUGCUCUGCCACAACCUGCUGCUCGCCUCCACCCUCUCCCUGCACUACACUCCUACGCAUGCCUGCGCCUUCUCCCUUCCUCCCUAUCCCCCUCCUCCUCCUCCUCUUCCAUCCUUCGCUCCCUCUCCCCCUUCCGCUCCCCUUUCACCUCCUCCUCCUCCGCCUCCUCCUCCCCCUCCUCUCACCGGCCCUCCUCCCCCUCCCCUCGUCGCACCUCCUCCUCUUUCCUCAGCCCCUCACUCACUCCCUCACUCACUCCCUCACUCGCUCCCACCCUACCUCGCUCCUCCUCCACUCCCUCACUCGCCCAUCUCUCCCCUUUCGGCCACACUCCCCCUCUCUCCCCCUCUGCUUGCCCCAACCCCAACCAGCCAUUCCCCCCUUCCCCCUCCGCCUCCACCCCCCCCACCCACUCCUCCCCUUUCCCCCUCCCCUACUCCUCCCCUCCCCUCCCCCUUCGCCCGUCAUCCUGGGCCAAAUCCACGUCAGGCCACUCCCUUUCCACGUCAGCAUGGGGAUUAGAUCCUCAAACCAGCACCCCUCUCCCCCCUCUUGUCUAUUUACGGUCUGUGGGAGUAGAGGUGGGGGGAGGAGGCGCGGGGGGAGGGGUUGGGGGAGGAGGUGCGGGGGGAGGGGAACGGGGAGAGAAAGGAGCGAAGGAAAAGGCUGGUGGAAAGGGGAAGGGUGGAGAGGAAGGGGGAGGGGAAGGAGGAGCAGGAGGGGCGCCAAAAUUAAUGGGAGUGCUGAGAGUGUUUUUUGUCAAAGACCUCAUAGCCCUGGUGGUGGAACCACUAGCAGCAGCAACAACAAGAGAGGGGCGAAGGAGGAACGAUGAAGCUGGUCAAGCGAGUCUGCACCCCGAGCUGCUGAGGGAGAUGGAAGCACCGGAGGCAGCACUUCAGGCUGUUGUGCUCUUGCGGAUUCUCAUUUUCACUGUCUCUUCCCAUCCCAUCCCCCAUCAGCUGCUGAGGGAGAUGGAAGCACCGGAGGCAGCACUUCAGGCUGUUGUGCUCUUGCGGAUUCUCAUUUUCACUGUCUCUUCCCAUCCCAUCCCCCAUCAGCUGCUGAGGGAGAUGGAAGCACCGGAGGCAGCACUUCAGGCUGUUGUGCUCUUGCGGAUUCUCAUUUUCACUGUUUCUUCCCAUCCCAUCCCCCAUCAGCUGCUGAGGGAGAUGGAAGCACCGGAGGCAGCACUUCAGGCUGUUGUGCUCUUGCGGAUUCUCAUUUUCACUGUCUCUUCCCAUCCCAUCCCCCAUCAGCUGCUGAGGGAGAUGGAAGCACCGGAGGCAGCACUUCAGGCUGUUGUGCUCUUGCGGAUUCUCAUUUUCACUGUCUCUUCCCAUCCCAUCCCCCAUCAGCUGCUGAGGGAGAUGGAAGCACCGGAGGCAGCACUUCAGGCUGUUGUGCUCUUGCGGAUUCUCAUUUUCACUGUCUCUUCCCAUCCCAUCCCCCAUCAGCUGCUGAGGGAGAUGGAAGCACCGGAGGCAGCACUUCAGGCUGUUGUGCUCUUGCGGAUUCUCAUUUUCACUGUCUCUUCCCAUCUCAUCCCCCAUCAGCUGCUGAGGGAGAUGGAAGCACUGGAGGCGUCGCUUCAGCGGCACCACAUCAACCCGCAAGCUGUCCACAUACAGGGCUGUCGCUACCUCUGCACCGACCCGCUGCUCCUCCCCUCUUCUCCCCCAUACCUCCCCAUGCCUCCCAUGAAUCCCCCCUCUCCCCCAUCAGCUGCUGAGGGAGAUGGAAGCACUGGAGGCGUCGCUACAACGGCACCACAUCAACCCGCAAGCAGCCCACAUUCAGGGCUGCCGCUACCUCUGCACCGACCCGCUUCUCCAGUCCUUCUCUGCCUCCCCACCCUGCAAAGUUACCACCCUCGCCAAGGACUCCCUUGCAGUUCUGAACCAGAUGAGACACGAGGCGGACAGGCAGCAGCAGAGGAGGGAGAUGCUGAGAGUGCAGGGGGGAGGGAGGAAGAGAAGAGAUGGGCUCACCAGGAGGGCGGGAAGAGGAGAGAAAGGUAUGGUUGGGAAGAGAGAGAAAGGUAUGGGAGGCAUUUGAGACACGAGGCGGACAGGCAGCAGCAGAGGAGGGAGAUGCUGAGGGAGCAGAGGGGAGGGAGGAAGAGAAGAGAUGCAGACGCGCACAAUGGGAGGGCGGGACGAGGAGAGAAAGGCUGGAAGGAACAACAUCCGGCGAGCACACUAGGGGGGGAUUCAGAGAUGGAGAGUUCCCCCAAGGGCGGAGAGGGGGAUCGUGGAAGGAGAGAGGCGGAGGGAGCAGCGGGUGAGGGAGGCGAGGGGGAGCAAGGUGUAGCUGUUGUUGGGGAGAGGAAAGGGAUAAGUCCAGAGAAGGGAGGAGAGGGUGGGGUGAAAGAGGCAGGGGAGGAGUGGCUUGGGGAGGGGGGUGAGGAGGAGAGUGAGGAGGAGAGUGAGGAGGUGGCAUCGAAGGUUGGGAGGAACGCGUGGGUGGUGGAGAGAAGGAGCGGAGGGCGGCAACUGGUGGUGGCAGUGGAGAGAGGAUGCGAUUCGCUGCUGGGAGCAGAAGAACUUGUGGAUAGACUGAAUGCCCAGCACCUCAAUAGUGGUGGGCGGCAGCUGGUGGUGGCGGUGGUGGAUAGAGGGUGUGACUUUCUGCUGGAAGCAGAAGAACUCGUGAGGUGCCUCAAGAGUGGUGGGCGGCAACUGGUGGUGGUGGUGGUGGAGAGAGGGCGGGACUCCCUGCUGGGAGCAGAAGAACUCGUGGAUGUGCGUGCGUGCAUGUUUCUUUUGAUGGAGUUCCCCUAA